AUGGGUCUGUAUCCAACCAUCGCGGACGAUGAGGCAAACACUUCUGGCUCCGCAACAGAUGUUACCCCAACCGCACCUCAUAUGGAGCAGACGGGCCACGCCCACCGUUUGCGGUAUAUAUCGGAUAUACAGAAACGGUUGGAAUCUGAGCGGGACCUCAGGCGAGCCUUGUACAAAAAAUACCAGCGCGCAGUUGGCGCCUCCGAGGCUUUUGGAUUCAGCAAUGCUCGCGGCCUCUUUCGUGGUCAGACACCAGCCCAGGCGGAGCUGAACUACCUAAACAAGGCGAAAUGGCUGGAGAUGUAUGGAGUGGACAUGCACUAUGUCAUGGGCCGUGACGGACAGGAAUAUUCCCUUGGUCUAACGCCAACAGGAAUUCUGGUUUUUGAGGGGCAACAGAAAAUUGGACUGUUUUUCUGGCCAAAGAUGACUAAGUUGGACUUCAGGGGGAAGAAACUCACACUUAUUGUAGUGGAGGAUGAUGAUGAUGGUCAGGAACACGAGCAUACGUUUGUGUUUCGUCUGCACAACCAGAAAGCCUGUAAACACCUGUGGAAGUGUGCGGUUGAGCACCAUGCCUUCUUUCGUCUCAAGGGACCCGGCAGGACGGGGUCUCGCAGACAGAACUUCUUCAGAAUGGGGUCUCGUUUCCGGUAUAGCGGGCACACAGAAUACCAGACUGCCACCAUGAACAAGGCUCGAAGGAGCGUCAAGUUUGAGCGCAAGCCCAGCCAAAGGUAUUCAAGACGCACAACUUUUGAGCGGAAGGAGGCAGAGCUAGCACGCCAACGGGAGCGUGAAAGGAACGCCAAAAAGGCCGAGUCUGAAGUCAAGACGACAGCUACUGUGACGACGCCCAAACCCGCACCCAUUGUUGCCCCCAAGCCCAGCGUUAAGCCGUCGGCUCCCUCGCCUCCACUACCUGCAGCUCAGUCCUCCCAGAAGGCAGAAGAGGAGGCGUCAAACCUGACUGUGGCCAAUGGGAGCGCUGCCAAAGCUACAACAUCUGUCUCGGCUAUGGAGCGAUUGGAUAAUCUGAUCAAGGCGACGGCUAAAGGUCGAACUCCGUCACAGUCAUCGGAUCAGUCUGCCUCCUCGUCUGUCAGUUCUCCCUCCCCUCAUCAGCCAAUCCCAGAGCUUAGUCUCUUAGAGGCCUCUGAGCUAGCUGCGGCCAAGAUGAAGGGACUGGACCGGCCAGGACCUGUGGUGUCCAAGCCUCCCAAAGAUGUGAACAGUUUUAUUAACAACCAGAUCAAGUUUGCAGGAGGGGCGACGGCUAUCCCGCCAGAACAUAUGAAAUGUAAUAUACUCAAGGCAAAGAUGGAGGAGGAGCUGAAAAAAUCCAAUGAGAAGGAAGCUUGUAUAGAAGAAACAGAGACAGAAACGGAAGAAGAUGAUGAUGAUACAGGGGAGGAAGGAGCUCUGAGCAAUAGUGAUUCGGACCCGGAAGAAAGUGAUGACGAAGAUAGAGUCUUUCACAGUCAGCGCUCCAGUGUCAGUGAUAAGGCACAGCUCCUCAAGUCCACUCCUAACAACUCUCAGCUCAUUGUCAACGGGCACAAUGCAAAUAACCUCCACAGGGGAGCACCCUCCAGUGAAAACCAGACUGCGGGCACAAACUCACGGAGGAUAGGAUCAGCAGGGGACGCACCCUCAGCCUCGUCCAAGUUUGCGGGUGUUCCGCAGGCUUCGAUCCCUAAGUCCGAGACGGCCAUUGCUGCGAGCAAGAAACAAAAACUCAAACCUGACGAGACCCGCACAAACUCGGCGGGUGAUGAUGUACCGCUUCUCAGAGCUGGAACCUCCCUGUCAUCCCCAAAUUACCGCUCCCCUCUUGCUUCUCCUGCUUCCCCAGCCUUCACCUUUGACUCACAUUCUUCUGACUCCCCCUCUGCCAUUUCAAACCCCAGUGACGAAAUUAUGAUCAAUUUUGCUACAUCCUCCCCUCCUGCAACUAAAUCCCCUCCCCCUGUGCCCUCUCGUAACCCAUUCCUGACCCCUACUGAAGACCCGGCACCCACGCCACCUGUGAAAGGUAACCCAUUUGUCCUUAAGCCAGGUGUUGCUUCCAUCCCUGCUCCAAGAGUAUCACUUACCAAACCUAAGAAUCCUUUCCUGUCGCCUAUAGAGACCACAUCCCCUGAGCCCAGUCAUUCGCCCACUCUUACUACAGUUGACAGUACCACUGACUCACCCAUGCUUUCUGCAGAACCAACACUCCCUGCUUCUCAGCCAGCUAAUUACCCUUCUCCCAAGGCCCCCAUCACAGCUCUUCCUCCUAGCCCCCCAGUAGAGGGCGCCACUGCCCCACCAGGGGGCGCUCAAGCCUUGCCCUCUGAGCCUGCCGGCCUGCCUGAAGCAACUGACUGCCCGCUAGACUCCCCGACUGACCAGCCCGAGGUGGUCAUUGAAACAUCAUUUACAGGUACUAAAGCUGUGACCAGAAAAGUCUCAACGACAAGUGCUAAAUCACUACCCUCAAAGACAAUGAGUCAAAUUGUUGUUGUGUCCAGGAGCCAAUCAGAAUCUGGCCCGGCUUCCGCUCCUGUUAACGGCUCUGAACUCUCGCCCUGGCAUGUGAACAGCGUCACGGAAAAUGGUGUGCAGCGCCGCGUUACCCUGACAACUGAGCUCUAG